AUGUUGUCCACAUCGCCAAACGCAUUUCCAACACCACCACAAAGUAUACCCACACAACAACAAUCCCGAUCACAAUCCAGCAGCAAUCCUCUCGUCGACCUCAUUCGUACCGAAAAAGACUAUAUUGAAACCUUGAAGCUGAUCGACUCGCAAAUAGCGCCAAUAUGGAUGAAACAAAUGGCUUCAGCAGCACCCGACUUUUCAGAGCAGCUAACGCAUGCACAUGCCAUCUAUGUUGUCAACAAACGAUUUUGCUUGAGACUCGUCAAGGUUGCAGGCGACCCACGAGCCAUGCGAGAAUUGGGUGAUAUCCUGAUGCAAUGGGUGGAUAUUAUCGAGGUGCCAUAUGCAAGCUAUUUCAGAAACUUUAUCAUUGACAUUGAUCGCCGACAAGACAUCACUGAUAACCCAGCCUUACGAGCUUGUUUGGAUAAAAUCGCACCUUCAUCCUCCGGACCACAAACACUGAAAAAGCUCUUUGAUGCACCAUUGGAACGAGUUCAAUAUUACAAGAGCCUUUACAACCGUCUAUUGCAAAGCACACGACCUGGGCGUGCAGACCAUGGACUUUUGCUAAGAGCCAAUCAACGAAUCGACACCCUUAUUCAGAUCUCCAAGAACGCUCUUCAAAAUGGUAUCCGUAAAGCAGCUCCUACGGACAUUCCUGUCAACCAAUAUCAAGGCAGCACAUCAGUAUCAAAGUUCUUGGAACCUGUGGAUUGCUCAAAGGUGAUGGAUCUCUUUAAGAAGGCACCUACAGUAUAUCGACCACCCCAAUCACAUGGGCGUAUCAUUAUGCGUGAUGAUUUUGUGCCUGUGGAAAAUAAGGCAACCCGAUUGCAUCUCGCCCUGUCAGUCGAUGAAUUGUUUAUCUGCCGCUGCAUGAAUACGAGCAACACGCCAUCAUAUGAACUCGUUUACCCUCCAAUUGCAGUAAAGGAUAUUACGGUCAAGUCGAUGGAUUUGGAACGGGAGCUUCUUGGAGAGUACCUUGUGCAUUUUAAUCUUGCAUACGCAGAGCAAAUGACACUUCGGAUUGCGUCCCGUGAGAAAAGAAAUGCAUGGCUUGGUGUUAGCGCUACUGCACCUAGUGAUGUCACUCUCAAAUCAAAGUCGCUUGCUACCACGGUGAAACAGCAGCUAGCAAAAUUUCCGCUUUUAUCAGAGGAGAUGGAUGACAAAAAUGAUGUCGACGACGACCACCACCAUCAGGAUACAACGCAUGAUGAUAUCUUUGCUCUUUAUGGUGGCCACGGUGACGAUGACGAUGAGAAAGACAAUAACAACGAAGCGUCAACAGCCUAUGUCAGACGCAAUGCAUUUCGUGAUACCAUCAUGGGCCUCUACGAUGGUGGACAAUUGUCUUUUGAAAAGAAGAGCGGCAAACCAGCACCCUCAACAGUGGAUGAGGAUGGCCAAGAUUUGGCAAAUAUUGCACCACGAUCCGCCAAAUUGCUUUCACGUGUACCUACAGCAACCAAAGAGGAAGAAUCCAAAGAGCAAUCCAGCAAAGAGGAUGAAAAGGCAACCAAAGCUGAUAUGCAAUCCGCACCUGUCAAGAUGACAUAUAUCGAACCAGCUGUGCAUAAAAUGACAUUAUCAACCAACAAGAGCAAGGAAGAAUCUACCGCUUCUACUACUCCUGUUACUGCUCAAAUGACAAGUGCUGGUGUGCCUAUAUUACCACGUUCAUCAUCUAGAGGUGGAUCUGCAUCUCGGCCAUUAGAUAGAACACAACAACAGCAAUCGAAUGGAGUGGCAAAUACGGUACAACAAACUCUGAGAUCAGCAAUGACAGCUUCCAUUGAUUCAUCCACUGGAUCAGUAUCAUCGAAUGCAACUGAUUAUUCCAUGAUGCGUGAAUCAUCAUCCACUGGAUCAACUGAAGCCUCUUCUUCAUCCGUCGAUCGUCAUCAACAACAACAAAAGCCAAAUCAAGUUGCUCCUUCACCCCAUCCAUCAUCAUCUUCAGCAGGUUCACCUAUCACAAUCACCCCGUUGCCACGUACUUCAUCCAAGCACACUGGUGGUAGAAUGCCAACAACAACAACAUCAUCACCACGAAUGGCAACUAAUAUUCCUCAAAGACAAGCAUCGCUUUCUCAUUCGAUUCGCUCGGUCAACAGCCCAACAAUGACACAUGCUCAGCCCUCGCCACACAAUUCUACGAGCUCUCCUUCCAAAACGUCUCUACAAAUCGACACAAGGUCCACUUCAUCUGGUUUGGAUGAUCUCGCAUCCCCUCCUCAAAGCCCUGGUGCCUAUGCGAAUGCCACCAAGCAAGUGCUGUAUCGUCAUGGUCGAUGUGAUGUCUUCCAUUGGAAGGGGGAUACGUGGUAUGCUGCACAAGGACGCUGUGGUAUCCAGGUGCGAGUGACCAAUGCCAAUCGAUCCUGCAUAUCCAUUUUAUUACUGGAGAGCGGACAAUUAUACUUGAAUGCAUGGAUCUUCCCUACCACAAUGAUCCAAUUGCAAGGUGAUACAGAUGUAUGCGUUUCAGUGUAUAUGGGUACACAAAUGGAAACGUACCUAAUCCAUUUUGAACGACGCGCGGAUGCUGUGGAGCUUGAAAAUGUACUCCAAUAUGCACAUCGAGAAUCCAUCAAGAUAUGGGGAUCAGCUGAAGAACAACAACAAAUCGCACCACCACCAAGCUCCUUAUUAAGAUCAACAUCCUUGGUGGAUCCUGAAGCACCGCCUCCCGAUUCAAAAACAUUCCGUGAAGAAGCACCACAGACCCUUAAGCCGUUGAUGCAAUGCAAAUGCAAAUUGUUUGCACAGCAGGAACAUGCAGCAUGGAAUAGCUUGGGAAGUGUCAGUCUUCGAAUCUCAUUACAAGAACCAAGUAACAAGAUGCAUAUUUACAUGGAAAAUGGCAAGACCAAACUGGUCUCUUCUGUUGUUCAAAGUUGCAAUGUGGAGCGAUUUGGACCCAAGCGCGUAUCCUUUUUACUCACUACAGAUCGCUCAAGCAUGAUUUACAUGAUCAAUCUCAAGGAAGAACGUACAGCAACCAAGAUUUAUGAAUACAUCAAGACCAAGAAUGCCCAAAAUGGAUGGUGA